AUCGUCAUUCUCCUCCCCCAUGUCUUAUGUCGAUGUGGAGAUUUGUUUUCACCACCACCACUCGUCGUUCUUUACAGAACCGGGACCAUCGCCGUCAUACCGCAUCACCAGUUCACCACUCCAACGACACCAUCCAUGCCGCUGUCGUUAGCCGGAGCCACAGCCGUAACUGUCAACCACUGUUAUGUGCCACCAUGGGCCGCGGGUCAUCGGAGGGGCACUUGUCACCGGAGUCAUCGCAAGUCUCAUUAAGUCUCCAUCAGUUUUCGGGUGUAGUCAUCUCGUACGUACCAGUUCCGUAAUAUAAAUUAAGAACGUGACCGAGCCGAAAGGGAGAGAAGGCACAUGGAAAUGGAUCCAUCGUCUCACCACCACCUGGCACCAACCACCAUCAUCACUUGUUAUCUAAAAGCCGUGUAGCUAAGUGUUCUUCCUUCUUACUUGAGCUACAAGCAACCUUCAUGGCAUAUAAUUAACUUUAAUCGUGCCAUGCCAUGCGCAGGAAGAAACAUGGAACUUUAGGUGUGAAUUAUUGAUAAAUAAUUCAUGCUAAUAUAAUGCCUAGACCGAGAGACAUAUUAGUUUUGGGUAUUUCCUGAUCCAUUUCCAAUAUUGGCUAAGGUGAGACAGAUGAGUAUAUGAUAUUUGGACGGAUUUGGUGCUACUGGGCUUUUUAUUCGGAUUUUUUAUUUGGGUAUAGAGUGAGUGGAGUCGUGUAUAUGGGCUAUUGUGUUAUGAGAUAUUGUUGGUGGCACGCUGUUCUCCAGAUAGGAGGUGACGGGUGUCACACAAAGCCUCCAAAAUUUGGAAUCGAAUAGACCCAAAAACGUGGAAUCUUCUUCUUCCUCAUCCCACAGCUCUCGUAACGCCACCUAAGUUUCACUCAACCUUCCCGGCGAGUUAUCUGGAGACAACACAAUGUUCUCGGAAACUAGGAUUUCCUUAACUCGCUGGACGAUGGGUCCGUUUGUUGUCCUUAUCAGGGACCAUACGAGCCACCCUGUUUCUCUUUCCUUUUACCUCUCUUGGAUCUGUUCUUGUACAAUCCGGCCGUUAGAUUAAUCAAGAAGCAGCCGUUACUACCGUCAGCUUUAUUAGGCGCGAUUGCAACAACUGUAGCUUAUGGCCGUGGAGUUCACCGUCUUGUUUUGCAUCACUGUGACGAUUUGGGUGUGUUACUCCCCAAGAACGCCGUCGAUUUCAGCUGAGAGAAGCUUUGUACAAGUCACGGGUGGUAAAUGGCACGUGCCCUUUCCGUCAUCUUUAACGAAGUCUACCGUUACGGAUUUCAAAACACUUUUAAAUCAUUGGAUUUUCUCGGGGAAGCUAAAACUAUACUACAUAACUAACUACCUUUUUGGCAUUUUGGAGAAUAUGAUGAUGGGAGUUAAAUCCGACGUGACACGUGUAUUUCCAUCCCAAUCGAAGGGUAUAAUUCUGAAGAAACCCGUAGGGUCAAAAUCGUCCAGAAAAUCUCUGCGUCCUCUACUGGCUAUAUUCUGUUGCAGACUCUUUUCAUUUCGAGUUUACCCGCUUCGUCUCUCUGAGCGAGUUUUUCCGAUCAACGUUUGGAGGUCUCAGGAGGCAUCGAUUUACUCUCGCUACGUCUCUGUCUUGUUCGUUCGAUUAUACACUCUGUUCUUCUCUCUGAGCAAGCUCCAUUCGAAUUUUCCCGAUUCAGGUGAUUUUUGGAGGACUCAAGGCAUCUUCUGGUUCGCAGGUGAUUUUUCGAGGUCACAAGUCAUCUUCUGGAUCGUUGGUACGAUCGAUUUACUCUCUGCCUUGGUGAAACCUGAUGGCUUCUCUCUGAGACGUUUUCAGUCGGUUUUUUUCCGAUCAGGUUCUCCGUCCAACCUUUUCAGUCAAUUUUUGGAGGUUUCAAGGCAUCUUUUUGGUUUGAAGGUUUAACAUUUUAGGAAAGCUCCCUGAGCCACUUUGCAUCAUCAAGGAAAGCUGUGCAACAUGUUUCUUCUAUUAAAAUCGUUGGACAACCUUGCAGCUAAGCAGACACAUGUCUUGCCCGAAAGCUAAAAUACAUUGUCAGUAUGCAUCACAUCUUGUCCCUAGAGCAGUCAAGCCAAUGCAGGUGGCCAUAAGCUUCUGCUGAGGUUGCAAAGGCUGCAGCGGCUGCCUCCAAGGUUGCAGCUAAUGUCGUACUGCAGGCAAAAGCCGUGGCUACAGAAGCAUUUUCAAGCUGUAGUUUGGGACCUCCUCCUCUGUCUACUAAAAACAGGUUUGAUCUGUUAUCAUCUAUGGAUGAGUGAGAUGUCUCUGUGACCUACCAUCUUCUUGAACUAGCUUCUUGAUUUCUACUUUUGUUGUUCUAAACUCAAAUGGUUUGUAAUUCUUUAUCUCUUCAUGUUC